GUCUCUUAACGUUACAACAGUGUAGUGGUGGACGGCAGCCUGUACUGUGGCGUUGAGGUGGUAACAUUGUGUUGUGGUGUUGAGAUGAAGGAACAUUAUCUGAGGUCAAGAUGAAGACUGACACAGUGUCAGCCACUGCUAGAGGCUCGUAUGAAUCAUUUGACUGUGCUCAGGCCGUGGCUCUCAUCGCCUUCAUAGGUCUUCUUUCAAACCUGCAGGACACCAUAGAGGAAUUUGUCAACAAUGGAGGAGGUGGUAAGCGACGUAGACGUAGAAAUGAUAUCGGUGAAGCCCCGCCCUCUAUCCUCUCUCAGACCUUUCCAUUGGCUGACCUGCUGGGUGGUGCCCAAUGGGAGAACAUAGUCCAUCCUGUGCUGAAGAGCAUACAGUGGAUGGCAAACGGAGGUGAAGAGUCAGAGGAAGAUAACAGAGGAGGAGAAGACACAUCAAGAGAGAGACAAAUGAUGGAAGAAGAAGAAGGAGAAGAGGAAGAUACAUUUAGGAAGAGAUAUGAGAUGGAGCUUAAUGAUGAUAAUUAUGAAGAAAACAGAGACCUCCACCCCAAAGGUAAUAGUGACUACUACUCUGACGAGACUGAUGACCCCAACACUAACUCGGAGAGUAGACCCGGCCUACUUAAUGACCUUGCACAAAUUGCACCGCGACUGGCAAUGUGGUUAGUUGAUGUCGGUGAUGGACGAGUGUUGCCAGAUACUGGACGUGCCGGUGUGUGUCGGGCCACCAACACCCUCACCACAAACCAUGGCUGGAUUGGAUCUAUUGCUGUUAAACUUCUCAUGAAUACAUUUGUGGGGGCCCUGGCCAAGAACGAGCCCACCAGGAGCCUCCUACAUGAGGCAGGUGUGGCUACAGGGACACCAGUGUGCCAACAGAUGUCCUAAGAUGAUGUCCUCUGCUGCCAAGUCUUUUAAAGUGCAAUAUUGUGCUAAUUGAUAACUUCAUGACCAACAUACAGUACAUUUAGUACCCUUGACAGGGGCAGAUCCAGGAAUAUCAAAAAGGGGGUUCAAGAAGUUGUGGGUGAAAUUUUCUGAUUAAAAGGGGGGGUCCCGGUCCUCCUGGAACUGCCAUUGCUUGUAAAGUUACCACAGUACAUAUGCUGUGUUCACUGUCAAAUUAAGAAUAAAAUUCAAACUUACAGUGGGGCUUACUAAUGUAUAUAGCGUUGAGCCACAAAUAUUUAAAAAGUACCUGUACUCUUUUAGUGAUAAAAAACUUUUGACGUCCUUUCCUGCUUAUCGUUAGGACGAAAUUUGGUUUAGAGAUACCUUGACCCACUGGGAAGGGGAAAACUGGGGAUAAGGUGACCUGUGAGAUGGCUACACAUGUUUUCAUUGUUAUGAAACUAUAAAAGUUGGGGAAAGGUCAAUUCAAUACAAUACUGUACAAUACUCUGUGGCUUAGAAAUAAAGAAAUAUAAUAAACUACAAAAUAAGAAAAAUGAAGAGUAUGUGUGGAGACUGUGAGCAGUAACUGCAUCGUGCCCCUCCUACAAUAUAUAACUAUGAUGUGCAGUGCAGCAGUAGCCACACGUCUCCGAGUCAGCUGUGUGACUGCAUGACUGAACUGUCACGUCACUCAGUGUGUGGAAGCACAGGUGGAUCUAGGAAUAUAAAA